CAAAAAUAAAAACAAAAAAGUACUAAAUCAAAAUCAAAACGGUAGACACUAGAAAUAUGGCGAACGAUAGAUCCGUCGACUGGAAGUUUAGUGGUAGUGAAGCAGCCAAAGAGGCUUCAGCUGCCUCGUUAGGCACUUACUCCUCUAAACUCUUUGCUCUGUGUGACCCUCUUGGAAAACCCAUUUUGCCCCCUCGAAGCAAAUCUGCCGAGACUAGCCAUACCGCUGAGAAGGCUGUUGUUGAAGCCGUCCUUUGCGGUACUGGAAACGCCUAUGCUCCAAGUCUUGGCCUUCCCGUGGCUAGAAGUGCCGUGGCAGAGUAUCUUAAUCGAGAUCUACCGAAGAAACUGACAGCAGAUGACGUGUUUAUGACCGUUGGAGGCAAACAAGCCAUCGAGCUUACAGUCGAUAUCUUAGCUAAACCAAAAGCCAACGUUUUGCUUCCAAAGCCGGGCUUCCCAUGGGACGUGGUCCGCACCAUCUACAAGAAUCUUGAGGUUCGAAAAUAUGAUUUCAUCCCCGAACAGAACUAUGAGAUCGACUUUGACAGCGUCCGUGCGCUUGUGGACGAGAACACAUUUGCGAUAUUUAUUAUUAACCCACACAAUCCUAAUGGGAACACGUACUCAGAAGUUCAUCUCAAGAAGUUGGCUGAGUUGGCUCGGGAACUAAGGAUAAUGGUGGUUUCUGACGAAGUUUUUAGAUGGACUGUGUUUGGGAGUAAUCCCUUUGUUCCCAUGGGGAAAUUCUCGUCUAUCGUACCAGUGGUUACACUCGGUUCUAUAUCGAAGGGAUGGAUUGUACCAGGAUGGCGAACCGGCUGGGUCGCGCUGCACGAUCUAGAUGGUGUCUUUAAGUGCACCAAGGUCUUAACUGCUGCUAAGCAAUUUCUGGUGAUAAAUUCUAAACCACCAACUGUUAUCCAGGCAGCUCUUCCCACCAUCUUGGAGAAUACUCCUGAAGAGUUCUUUCAUAAGAGGCAGAAAUUUCUGAAAGAGAAAGCUGAUUUUGCAUAUUCUAAGCUCAAAGAGAUACCAACCCUAACAUGCUACUUGAAACCUGAAGCUUGCACCUUCUUAUGGACCGAGCUGAACUUGUCAAGAUUUGCGGACAUUAAAGAUGAUGAAGAAUUCUGUGAAAAGCUUGCUACUGAAGAAAACCUUGUCCUUUUACCAGGGAUUGCUUUUGGUCUGAAGAACUGGGCGAGGCAUUCUAUCGACAUGGAGAUUUCGACAUUGGAGGAUGCACUUGGAAGAUUGAAGAGCUUCUGUGAACGCCACUCCAUUAUAAUUGAAGUUCCACUCAAAGAUGUCAAUGGUGUCAAGUAAAGGGUCAAUAUGAUAUUUGCUGCCGAAGUCUUUUUUACAUUUGCUAUAAUAAUAAAUGGGUGUUUUAUUGAUCUGAGAUAAAAUCAUGAACACUUUCGUAUUUGUAACCAAUAAAAUUGGUGUGAUGUUUUCUCAUUGUUUCCAAUAUCUCGAUGUAUUUCUACUUUUUGAAAAAAAAAAACUAAUAAUAAAUUCUAGUUUCUUCUGUU